UUGUUCGCUACGACGAAGUUACAGUCUCGCUUCUCGUAAGCACAAAAGUAGAGAAAAACGUGUUGUUUGGAUUAAAUAUACUGCUAAGUCCGAUAAAAAGUGUACGAGCAUGCUGCUGAAGUAAUACUAGCGUUGACAAUAAUCAUCGAAUCUCGCUGAAGCACAUCAUGCUGCAAUAAAAUCAUCCGGGCUCCGUACGUCGACAUAUGGUACCCACACGACGAACCGUACCGCGUUGCUCUUGGUAACGUAUUUAGGUUAGAGGAUCCGGUACUUAUUGGGCUCGGCGAGUCACAGGCCAUGUAGCAGAGGCCACCGCGCUCGGUACGGCUCGAUCAAACAACACCCAACGGCUGUGAAAUGUUUUGCUGUUUGAAGAGCUGCCUCAACGGGGUGCUGCCGGCGCAGUCAGUUCCCUUCACGAAAACCACCCCCAACCCGGUCCAGCUGGAUGUGACGCACAUGGGUCAUGAAGUCGUCAUCAUUAAGAACGGGCUGCGAGCAUGCGGAACCGGGGGCGUUCUGGCGAAUGCACCACUCGUACAAUCCAAGUCGUACUUCGAGGUGAAGCUGCAACAAUCGGGCCACUGGUCUAUCGGACUGGCAACACAGCAAACCGAUCUGAACCAGUCCGUUGGUGGAAAAGAUCGCGAAUCGUGGUGUCUCAACUCGAACCAUCUGGUGCUGCACGGAGGAGAUGUCGUUUAUCGAUUGGACGCCAGCAAGGGCAGCGGUCCAAAUGGCGGCCAGAACUCGCCCAGCCACCCAGCCAGCGCAGUUCCGGUGCCCGUCGAUCUAACGCCUACGUCGGCACCAGUAUUUCCGGCUGCACCAGGGAGUACCGCUGCCGUAGCGUCCGCAGACAGCGGCCUACCACAGGAAGGCGACACGAUAGGCGUCGCGUACGACCACGUCGAGCUGAACUUCUACCUUAAUGGGAAAAAUCUUAACGUGCCGGUGCUAAACGUGCGUGGAACCGUCCAUCCCUGCCUGUUCGUCGAUGAUGGCGCCAUCCUCGACAUCGUGCUGGACAACUUUGCCUUCGGACCACCUCCCGGAUUCGAGCGCAUCCUGAUCGAACAGUCGUUACUCUGAUUCCUGCGCCGAGCUUCACGGUGUAGGCUUCCUUCGUGUGCUUUGUUAAGUUUUGUGUCACCUUUCUCGCACGAACCUAUCCACUACGAUUACUCUCGUCCUGGAAAGGACGUACGAAAGGAUACGUAGGAUUACGUGAAAGGAAGUACACCAUCGCUUCAAUCUCUCUCUCUCGCUACCUAUCUUAUUUCCAAGCCGGAUGUUACGUUGUUUAUAAGCCGUUGGUGUUACGAAAGGAAAGCUUUAAUACAAACCGCAACUAACGCUACGAUAGAGGCACCGUUGAUCUUAAUCUAAAGUCUUUCACGUACGUUAUCGGGCUGCAAAAGAAGUUGCUGCAAUAUUUCUAGACAUUGUUGCUGAUGCGCCCGUGAAACUAUGCAUUCUCGCUAACCCCGACCUCAAGCUAUUUCUCGAUUAGACUGUCCUCAAAACAAACGUGACCAAAAACUAUUCACUUCUCUAAAAAUGCUUUGUACUGACUAGGUAUUAACGCGAAAUGAUUGUAUGUAAAAGAAGGGCGCAAAACGAUAUAGGAACGAAAUGCCGAAAUCUAUUGGAAAUAUACAUGGAAAUAUUUAUUGAUCUAUUUCAUCAA